CGCCCCGGGCCCCCGCUGUGCGGGGCCACUAGGACCCUCGGCAUCCCCUUCCCUGCCCCGCCCUGCCCCCUCUCCCACGGCGCGAACCCGGGUGUCCACGGCGCCCAGCUUUUGAGUUCGCGUCCCCAGGCCGGCGGGGGGGGAGGGGAAGAGAGGGGACCCCGGGACCCCCGCCCCCCCCACCGACCCGGCCGCUCAGUCCCCCGAGACCCGGAGAAAAUGUCUUCGCGGACGGCUCUGGCCCCGGGCAACGAUCGGAACUCGGACACGCAUGGCACCCUGGGCAUUGGCCGCUCCUCGGACAAGGGACCGUCCUGGUCCAGCCGCUCCCUGGGUGCCCGCUGCCGGAACUCCAUCGCCUCCUGUCCCGAAGAGCAGCCCCAUGUAGGCAACUACCGCCUGCUGAGGACCAUUGGGAAGGGCAACUUUGCCAAAGUCAAGCUGGCCCGGCACAUCCUUACCGGCCGGGAGGUCGCCAUCAAGAUCAUCGAUAAAACCCAGCUGAACCCCAGCAGCCUGCAGAAGCUGUUCCGAGAAGUCCGUAUCAUGAAGGGCCUAAACCACCCCAACAUCGUGAAGCUCUUCGAGGUGAUCGAGACAGAGAAGACGCUGUACCUGGUGAUGGAAUAUGCAAGUGCUGGAGAAGUGUUUGACUACCUCGUGUCACACGGCCGCAUGAAGGAGAAGGAAGCUCGAGCCAAGUUCCGACAGAUUGUAUCGGCUGUGCACUACUGUCACCAGAAAAACAUUGUACACAGGGACCUGAAGGCCGAGAACCUCUUGCUGGACGCCGAGGCCAACAUCAAGAUCGCCGACUUCGGCUUCAGCAAUGAGUUCACGCUGGGCUCGAAGCUGGACACGUUCUGCGGGAGCCCCCCGUACGCCGCCCCGGAGCUGUUCCAGGGCAAGAAGUACGACGGGCCGGAGGUGGACAUCUGGAGCCUCGGCGUCAUCCUGUACACCCUCGUCAGCGGCUCCCUGCCCUUCGACGGGCACAACCUCAAGGAGCUGCGAGAGCGAGUCCUCAGAGGGAAGUACCGGGUCCCUUUCUACAUGUCAACAGACUGUGAGAGCAUCCUGCGGAGAUUUUUGGUGCUGAACCCAGCGAAACGCUGUACUCUCGAGCAAAUCAUGAAAGACAAAUGGAUCAACAUCGGCUAUGAGGGUGAGGAGUUGAAGCCAUACACAGAGCCUGAGGAGGACUUCGGGGACACCAAGCGAAUCGAGGUGAUGGUGGGUAUGGGCUACACGCGGGAAGAAAUCAAAGAGGCCUUGACCAGCCAGAAGUACAACGAAGUGACCGCCACCUACCUCCUGCUGGGCAGGAAGACUGAGGAGGGUGGGGACCGGGGCACCCCGGGGCUGGCCCUGGCACGGGUGCGGGCGCCCAGCGACACCACCAAUGGAACAAGCUCCAGUAAAGGCACCAGCCACAGCAAAGGGCAGCGGAGCUCCUCGUCCACCUACCACCGCCAGCGCAGGCACAGCGACUUCUGUGGCCCAUCCCCUGCACCCCUGCACCCCAAGCGCAGCCCAACCAGCACAGGGGAGGCGGAGCUGAAGGAGGAGCGCCUGCCAGGCCGGAAGGCGAGCUGCAGUGCCGCGGGGAGCGGGAGCCGAGGGCUGCCCCCCUCCAGCCCCAUGGUCAGCAGCGCCCACAACCCCAACAAGGCAGAGAUCCCAGAGCGGCGGAAGGACAGUACGAGCACCCCUAACAACCUCCCCCCCAGCAUGAUGACCCGCAGAAACACCUACGUUUGCACAGAACGCCCGGGGGCUGAGCGCCCAUCCCUGUUGCCAAAUGGCAAAGAAAACAGCUCGGGGACCCCACGGGUGCCCCCCGCCUCCCCCUCCAGUCACAGCCUGGCUCCCCCAUCAGGGGAGCGGAGCCGCCUGGCACGCGGCUCCACCGUCCGCAGCACGUUCCACGGUGGCCAGGUCCGGGACAGGCGGGCAGGGGGCGGGGCAGGUGGGGGCGUGCAGAAUGGGCCCCCCGCCUCUCCCACACUGGCCCAUGAGGCCGCACCCCUGCCCACUGGGCGGCCCCGCCCCACCACCAACCUCUUCACCAAGCUGACCUCCAAACUGACCCGAAGGGUCACAGACGAACCUGAGAGAAUCGGGGGACCUGAGGUCACAAGUUGCCAUCUACCUUGGGAUCAAACGGAAACCGCCCCCCGGCUGCUCCGAUUCCCCUGGAGUGUGAAGCUGACCAGCUCGCGCCCGCCCGAGGCCCUGAUGGCGGCUCUGCGCCAGGCCACGGCGGCCGCCCGCUGCCGCUGCCGCCAGCCACAGCCGUUCCUGCUGGCCUGCCUGCACGGGGGUGCGGGCGGGCCCGAGCCCCUGUCCCACUUUGAAGUGGAGGUCUGCCAGCUGCCCCGGCCAGGCCUGCGAGGAGUGCUCUUCCGCCGCGUGGCGGGCACUGCCCUGGCCUUCCGCACCCUCGUCACCCGCAUCUCCAAUGACCUCGAGCUCUGAGCCGUCAUGGCCCUGGGUCCCCUCCUCUUUUCCUCUCCCACUUCGCUUCGGCAGGAGAGAAAGGGGGUCAAGGAGGGGAUUCUCCCUUUGUCAUCACUUCAGUUUCCCUGAAAUCGGUCUGGGGGCAGAGAUUGUCCCCUCUGCUGUUCUCUGGGGCCGCUGGGCAGGAGAGAAGAGUAAAGGGGCUUAACAGGGGAAGUUGGCGCCUUCCUGGAGCCUCCAGCUCGUCCUGUCCCCCCUCACCUUGCCGCGGGGUACCUGAGGAAACUUUGGGGGCAGGGGGGGCAGAAAGGGAAACAGGAAACUUCCAUUCCCCCCUACAGCUCAAGAAUUAGGCCUUGGGCAGGGGCAAGAAGAGUUGCUGAGCCUAAAGACUGGACGGAGAACUGGGGUGGGUGGGGUUGGGAGUGGGGGUCAGAGAGGCAGAUUCCUUCCCCCCCCCAUCCCCUCCUGCUCGAAACCCCCUUUCCUGCCCCAGGCUGGCGCGGGGCACUUUGUACAAAUCCUUGUAAAUACCCCGCCCCCUCCCCUCUGCAGAGGCCUCCCGAGGAGCUGCCGCUCUCACCUCCGGUUUUUAAGUUAUUACAGCCCCACCCUCCUCCUGUCAGCCCCUCACCUGCAGCCUGUUGCCCAAUAAACUUAGGAAGUCCCCCCUCCCCCACGCUGACCCUGGGGUCUUCCUUCCCUGCCCUCACCUGCAAGUGAGAUGAAGAGGAGGUGUGUGACUGGGUCAGUGGUCUCUCCUUUCUGAGCCUCGGGUUUUCUCGUCUGCAGAAUGGGAGUAGUGGGGGUGUGAGGGUCAAGGAUGAUGGUGGAAGAGGGCAGGACAGGACUCGGCCUCAUCCAUGAGGCCCCAGUUCCUAUACCGGACCCCCGUUCAUCCAUUCACAUACCCACCCACAUGGUAUACUGGACUCUAAGCCACUUCUUACUCCAGCAGUACAUUUAUUCAAUAAACAGUCAUUGACCGGUGCCUACUCCAUGCCAGGCCCAGUGUGGACACGAGACACAGGGAGCCCCUGUCUGUCGGGGCGGGAGGGGUGUUCUGAUAGAUACUAGAGAAACCAUUGCUUUGGGGGCCACAGAAGAGAAAGUGAGGGGGUUGGGGGAAGGCACUCCAGAGGAACUGGUGCCGGAGUUGGGCUUUGAAGGAUGAGUAGGAGUUGACCAGGUAUUGGGUGUGCCCUGGGCACAAGCCUGGAAGUGGAAGUGCAUGGUAUAGCUCAAAGAACUGUGGGUAAUUUCAGGGUGGCUGCUAUGUUGGGGGUGGGUGGAGAAUUAGCAAGAGAAAUGCUGUAUUAGGACUCAUAACCUGUCUACACUUAAGCAAAAAGGUAUUUGUUUGCUCAUCUCAUAGGCCAGGGGUGCCUGAUUUGGGGUACAUCUGGAUCUAGGCAGCAGGCAAGCUCACCUCUGCUUUUUUCAGUGUGAGAUUCAUUCUAGUAGUUUCAUCCAUUAGGCACUCCCUGAUGGCAGUGAUGACCCCAGCAGUUCCAAGCUCUCAUCCUUCCAGCUUAGUUGCUGCAGCAGAAAGUCUGCUGAUCUUAGAUCAUGUGAUCGUCCCUGGACCAGUUGCUGUGACUCUGGAGUGGCCUGUGCCUAGAACUGGACUUAGAAGGGGGCUCCCCAAAGGAAAGUCAAGAGUAGGAGUAGGAGAAGGGAAGUGGAAGCAUGAUAGACUUAAGCAGUAGAGGGCUGUCCAGUGCAGAAGGGUGGGGCUGCCUCACCUAGGGCCUUGUGGGCCAAAGGGAGCUGGGCUUUCAUCCGAGGGCACUGGGGAGCCAUGGAGGGUUGCAUGCGGGGAAGAGGCUUAGUCAAGCUGCCUCAGUUGCCCAUUUAGAGCAUAGUAGGGUCAACUGUUGUAUUCUUCAUGGAGCUGACAGGAAAGUCAAAUGAGAAAUGAAGGGUGGUAAAGAUUAAAGAGUGGCCAGUGUUGAAAAAUUCUGGGUCUGGGGCAGAACCAAAGUCCUGUCGUGAGUGAGGCCAGAAUAGGACUCUGGGCAGAGAGAGAGAGGGAGGGAGGGAGGGAGGCAGGUACCAUUUGUGGUAGGUAGGAGGGAGGCAGGUACCAUCCUGUGAGCCCUGCCCCCCUCCCCAGUGAGGUCAAGUCUCCCGCCAGCCCCUCCCAAACAUACCCACUCCUUCUCCCCAUUCCAUUGCUACCCCUGUUCUACAGUUGAGAGGGUAGAAAAAUGAGGUGAGGGUAGAAAAAUGAGGUGUGUGUAGGGGGAACCGACCCUGUCACGAAACCUCAAUCCCGGAGGGCUUCCUUUGUGCCCAGCCCUAUGCUGGGGACACAGUGGUGACCAAAACAGCCCCAGCCCUGCCCUCAUGGAGCUCACAGCCCACUGGAGGAGACAGCCGUGUCCUCAGUGAUCCAGAGUGAGCGGGGCUGGUAUGGGGGAGUCCAGAGUCCGCAGGAGUGCAAAGGGGGAAACUACCCUAGCCAGGGAGGGCUUCCUGGGAGGGACAGCUUGGCUGUGACGGAGAGAACGAUGAGCAGCUAACUAACCAGACACGGCGGGCUGUGGGUCAUGUAUUCUAGGCAGAGGGAACAGCAGGUACAAUGGCUGGGAAGCAAGAAAGCAUACAGGUCCUUCAGCAAAUGACACAUGACUUGAGUGAGUAUAGAGUCACUGUGAGAGAUGAGGCUGGAGGUGCCGGCAGGGCCUUGAAGGUUGUGGAGAGGCGCCUGGGCUUUGUGCCAAGGGUACUGGGGAGCCAUGGCAAGGCUGUACAUUUAUUCAGGGAGAGGCGGGGGCAGGUUUGUGCUGUGAAGGGAGGAAAGGAAUCAGGUCAGAAGAGUAGCGAGGAGGUCAGGACCGGACAGAAGGUGAGGAGAGAAGGGGUGGACCUCAGCCUUAUGAGGCGAAAUGAGCGGGCAGGCAUGGUAGCUGCCGAGUGCCUGGCCUCUGGGUUUGGCUGGCUCAGGCCCUACUGGCUGGAGUGUGUGUGGUCCGUGUGGCCUCAGGCGUGGAGCUGGGAUGAGUGAUGGGAUCUUCAUUGGGGGAUAGUAUUGUAAAGGGCAUCCCCAUGUCUAACAGGCCCUGCGCGCCUUGACCUUUGGGGGCUCUUCUAACCUCUCUGUUUUGGUAAUCUCUCUGGGAACCCUGACAUCCCCGGCCCUCAGUUUCCCUUCUGGAAAAUGGAGAGAUUUCUUGAUCUCUAAGGGCCCUUUACCUAUGUGACAAGGUUUGAAAAAGUGCCUCCCCCCGGUCCCUGGGGGCUCUGUCUUCUUAACACUGCCUCACCUUUUCUUCUGAGGCCUUCGUCUCUUUAGGGGCCCACGUGCUAUGCCCCAGCAAAUGGAGGCCUCAGCCUAUUGGGUCAAGUAGAAGUGAUUGACGUGGCCAACACCCAACACAUGUUCAGAUGUUUCUUGACUUCUAUUACCUGCUUCUCCCACACGCGACCCCAAGGCCCCUUCCUGCUCUUUUCUGGGACCAAGCUCUCCAAAAGUCCUAUCCUUAAAGACUUCACAGGUAUGCUCUGACCCAAGCCCCAGUCUGGAGGAGGAAACAGCUUGGGCAGACAUUAAGGUGGGAAUUGCAGGGUGUAAGGAACAAAAGAGUAUAUAGGGGAAUCAUGGGAAAAGAACUAGAAGGAUGAGCCUUCAGCAAAUGGUAUGAAUUUGUUUGGCCUUGAAGAAUCGCACUUAAUACGAGAGCGUUCUAGGCGACGUGGGGAGCCAUGGCAGGUUCUCGAGCGAAGUAAGGAAAGUUGGAAACACUGGUAGCAGCUGUAGAGGGCUGAAGUCAGAUCGCACAGAAGGAGGCCAGUGAAACGCAUAAUGAAGUAGACAGUGAUGAGAUGCAUGGGGGGUCUCAAACCGGAGGCUGGGGAGCCAGAUUCAAGUCUCAGACAUUUUCUUUGGCUUCCGUUUCUCCCUCGCGAGGACCCUGUGUUUGAGAUCUGAGCGUGAGUGAUGGGGAGCCGAGGCUGGGAAGGGCCCAGGCUCGGCGGUGUGACACUGGACCACACCUCUCCGGGUCUCAGAUUCCCCCUAGAGCUUUGUAAUGUUUGGAUCAGACUCUGUACCCUAACUUUGCCUCAUUUUAGAGAUGGGAUAAAGCAUGUCUAGCCCUAGGACAUGCCUAGAGACGGCAAACCGCUUCGAGGUCACACAGUAGCCAAUUACAAAAGUCUUUCCUCCUCCUCUUCUUCCUCCCCCCCCAUAACUAUCGCACACAACGCUAAGGCCACCAUUGCUUUUAUUUGUUGCUUUGAGCGGAGAAAAAGCAUGAGCCGCAGGUGAGCCCGGGUGUUCUCCAUCAGCCAGAGUGCCUGAUGGUGGGCGGAGCUCAGGGAAAAAGAGAGGAGAGCAUAAGGGAGGUUAUUCAUUGGCCAGAACCCAGAGAAUGGAGCCCAUUGGUUGGAACUCUGGUUGGAACUGGAACUCGAAGGAGGGUGGAUAGAGCCCCCGGUAGACUAAACC